AUGCUGCUACCAAAUUACAUCCUCACGGGCUUGGUUUGCCUUCCAGCAGCCUUUGCCAAUCUUCUAGGUGCGACAUUUCCUCCUCCGAGGGAUUUGUCGAGCAGCAACAGCCGGGUCGCCGCCAGCUGGAAGAACCUUACUUCUAAACUCAACACGCAACUUAACAAUGGAAAUACCACUGGAGCCAUUGGGGUAUCUGCAUUGAAGAACCUCACAUUUUCUGCUGGCUUGUUUUCCACACUUGACCCUAAAGCCGAACGUUUUCAAUUUCACCACACUGCGAGCGAAGUUGCAAACUCUCCCAUUGGCGCGAGGAAGGUAGAUGGAGAUAGCAUCUACAAGAUUGCCAGCGUGUCAAAACUCUUUACCGUCCUCGCUGGUCUUAUUGAGUUGGAUCCGCGGGACUGGGACCGCCCACUCACCGAUGUCCUCCCAUUCUUGGCGGAUUAUGACCGUCAGAGACGUGAUACUUUCCGGCUUGUCUAUGAUGUUCAAUGGGACAAGGUCACCCUCAGAUCUCUUGCUGGUCAAAUGGGAGGCAUUCCACACGGUGCUACAGAAGAAUUCUUGUAUACCUUUGCGCAAUACAAGUACUACGAAGGCUCUCACGAUCCCUCGUUGACCGAUCCAAAUUUCUACGGUCUUCCACCCCUGAACGAGAGUGACUUGUCACUUUGGCCGGCAUGUAUCGGGAAACAGAAGGAGGGCUGUAAUCCAGUCUCUUGGGAUGAGGGAUACUCUGCGAGGCCUCCAGUGUACCUCCCCUGGGCAGCCCCCGAGUAUGCAAACGGAGGGUACAUCUUCCUCGGACUCGCAAUCUCAAAUCUCACAGGGAAGACCAUGAAGGAGUGGUAUAGUGAUUCUAUUUUCGAGCCUCUGGGCCUGAAGUCCACUUACUCGGCUCCCCCUGACAACUCUACCCAUCCCCGUUCGGUCCUCUCGGAAGCUCUUGAGCAGCAGUUUGUCCCCGAUGGUGGUGCUGCGACCCCUUCAGGCGGAUUGUACUCAACCUGCAAUGAUCUCACUAAAUUCGGCCUCGCACUCUUGAACUCUACUCUCCUCCCCUCGGUAAAGACACGUGAAUGGAUGAAACCCGUCACUCAUACCUCGAGUCUGCACUACUCUGUUGGUGCCCCAUGGGAGAUUCAUCGAUACGUCCACACUGGAUCAGGCGUCGUCACUGACCUGUAUACAAAGCUUGGAGACUCAGGAUUCUAUGGUGCUAUCGUGGUUGUGAUACCCGAAUUUCAUGCUGGCUUUACGGUGCUCAGUGCUAGCUCCCAAAACAGUCGUAGCGCUCUGACGCUGCUGGCCAUCGAUCUUAUCACGGAUUCCAUUCUCCCUGCAUUAAUGGAGCAAGCCGCAGUUGAAACCGCGCAGAAGUUUGCCGGAACAUACAAAGCCGAAGACUUGGAUUCGUCGCUGACACUUGCUGUUGUGCCGCCCACUCAACCUGCACCUGGCCUGAACAUCACUUCGUGGAUCAGCAAUGGCACAGACAUCACGGCUAUGGUGCCUAGACUCUUUGAUAAUGUCGAUUCAAGGCUCGUGCCAUCCAUCGUUACCGAGCAAGCCACUGGAGAAAUGGCUUUCCGUGGAUACACUGCCUCCCAGCACCCGAACGUCGGAGUGGGUUCCUCGUCAAGUCUCUUCUCAUCCUUCUACGAUCUCAAUGAUUGGACUAUGCUAGACCAGUUGACGUGGGGUGGUAUUUCUACUUCACUGUUUGUUUUUGAUGUCGAGGAAGACGGAAAGGCUAAGUCGGUGACACCUGCUGCUUACAGGGUGAAGAUGAUGAAGAAGUGA